AUGCCUUACGUAAAAAAUAAAUAUUACUUGGAUAUACCUUUCUGUGCUCAAACUAACAGGAAUGAAUUCUAUACUUAUUUCAGUAUCGAAGACUUAGUGGUAAGGUGUGUAACAUACAAGGAACAAAGUUUUAGAUGUCGCACCAUUGGAAUUUUGAAAAGUAUAAAUGGAAGAUUUUUCAUUUCAGAAAUUAAGCUGCCAAUGAAGGCAAGUGAUGAAACAAAAAUAAGAGUAUCAAUGAUUUAUCUGAAGUCACCUCCUAAAUCUACAUUUAUUCCAUACACCGUACAAAUAUUUGGUACUUUAACAUGGAGGAAAAAACCAGUAAUAUUUGUUAAUUUAUUGCAGGUAAUCAAUACUGCCAUGGCCAUUAGACUAAAGGAAACCUUAACAUCAGUCACCAGUACGCAUCUAACUCAAGUACCAAUUGACGAAAAUGACUGUGUUGAGCAAUGCGCUUUAAUAAACGGCUAA